AUGUCUGCGUUGCGGGCCAUUUCUCGCCCGGCACGCUCCUUACCUUCCUUCACGCGGCAGCGCCGCCUUGCAUCGACGACGUCUGCUCAUGACCCGCAUCAUCAUGCCGAGGAGCAUGACCCAAACGUGUAUCAGAAAGAACACUUCUUCACUCCUUUUUGGAGGAGAACAGCCCUAAUUACACUGGGCUGCAUUGCCUACGCGAAGUUUGCCCCGGAGGAUUUCAAAGCCGGCAAGACGACAGCUGAUGGCGAGUACGAGCCGCCUUGGUUAACACGUGUGCUUGCGCACUACGCACCAUCUGUCAAAGAAUGGGUGAAGACAAACGAGCGACAUCUUGCGCAGACGGAAGAAAGGGCGCAGAAUACACUUGUUGUGCAGAGUGCGAAAUUACCUCCAAAGGCUACACGUCAAAUUGCAUUACAAUUUGAACAGGUGUCGCCACACCGCGUUCCGGUGGGUGGAAUGCCGGACAUGAGCGACUUGGUGAUCAAACCAUGAAGCAUUUGCGUGUUUUAGAGCCAAAUAUAAUUUCAUGAACUGGAAAUACAUUCGAACAUCUCGUCUGUCUUGUUCUUAUCGUAGUUGCGGCAAGGCUGAAUGGG